AUGUAUUAUUUUUAUUUUCUCUACUUAAAUAAAAGACUUUACAAAAAUUUUUUUUUAGUUGUUUCAGGGAUUUUUAUAUUUAAAAAAAUUAUUUUUAAAUUAUUCUCUUUUAUUCAAAUGUCACACUCAUCUAAUAAUACUUCAAAAAACAACAAAGAAAAUGGCAAUAAUUCCAGAAACUUUCGACCGUCAAAACAACGAAAACAAAAUGAAAAUUCUCAAAAAAAUUUGGAAGGCAAUAAAAAUGGGGAAUAUGUUCCGAGAAUGGAUAUUGUGGAAAAGAAAUAUAUUCCUGAAGAUUAUUUAAAUAAAUCUUUUGUUGGCUGUUCUUCAUCUCCAAGGACUCCUUCAAAAAAUAUUAAAAUUAUUACACCAACUAGACAACAAAACGUAAACAAAAUAUUUAAUAAAUAUUUACAAAAAGAUGAAACAAAAAUUGAAUCCAGUAUCAGGAAAAAUUCAAAACAAUUUCAGCAGCAAAAUGGAGGGAAAUUAAAUAAUCAGAAUAAAUACAGCAAUCAAAAUGGAUCUCAUUUCAACAAAAAUAUUCAAAAUAAUCGUCCUUUAAUUAGGCAAAGUCCUACUUCUUUAUUACGUCCUUUAAAAGAAGAACUUAAAAUUGAUGGAAAGUCUAGUGAAUUUAAACCUUUAUUAUAUGGUCAAUUUAACUCUUCGCCUGUCAUUCCACAAGAUGUAAAUGGCCGUCCUCCAAGAAGAAGGAGACAUCGUCCAAGGAGUUCAAUUCCUGCUGAAAUUAAUGGAAAUACUUUGUCUGGUAAUGAAGAAGAAGUAUUUACUCGUUCUUUAGGUUUUUAA